AUGCUCAUAAGAUCGCUCUAUCAGGAUCUCAUGCCUGAUUUACAUAAGGUAAUCCUGAUUUAUUAUGUUUUCCGUUAGUUGUUGUGAAAUAUUCAGCUUCAGUGUAGCCAACUGUAGAAUCAGGCGGAUCAUCUAUUUAUAUGCAACAUCUGUUCGGAGCCGACCAGCCUGCCAACGUUCUAGAUUCCAGUCCAAUACAUCCAUAUGCUAAUAUUGUUAUAAAAUGUACAAAAAAAACCUAUUCUCUCAAUUUAAAGAUGUACAUGGGGUUAUCUCUCGGAGAACAAGAACAAAUUUGCAUAGCAAUUAACACCUUCGUUUACGAAAGACUGGAGAGUUCAUUACAUAGUGUCUUGUGAAUUCAAAUGCUACAAGUGUUUCUUGCAUUGCUAAUGACUUGAAGGGAAACUUGCACCGCAAAUGGGGGGAAAAAUAGAAAUACGUAAAAUAUAGGAUAAAAAAAUAUAUAGAGCGCUUUAUACAACAUUAUAUUUUAUGGUUAGAAGAAAAAAGUGUUUUAUGUCUUUUUUUUAACACCUUAAACAUCUGCUGAUUUAGAUCUCAGCAUUGUAGAAGAUUAUGUGGUAUUUAAGGUCCACCUUCACGAGUGCACUCCGCAAGCUGCUGGGGAGAACUGCCUGACCAACCUAGGGCCUCCUUUUGCCAGGGUACCAGGGAGCAAUCACCUCUAUCGCUUGUUGAGAAUAAACAUCUUUUUGAAUACCUCUUCUCACUCACACACAUUACAGCACAAACAGCCAUCUCUACUCACGUACAAUACACAAAAAAGAGUCCCUUCUACACAUACAUACAAUACAUCAAAAACAGCCUCCUUUACACACACUAUGUAACAACUAGUCACAAACAGCUCUUUACAUGUCAGCAGAAAGUCUUGAUGAGUACCAGCUCUUGUGCCAAAUGUGCAACAUUACUAAGUACAGCCUGAUGAUAUCCUGCUGUCGUGCUAGCCCAAACGUAGAAUUAUUUAUUUUCCGCAUGCAAACACAAUUUAUUUUCUCUGUUGGCUGAUCAUUAACAGAGUAAUUAGGAGUUCUUACCAUUAUCAUUUUAGCAAACUGUGUUUUUUUUAAUAAAAUUGCUUAUAUAUGAAUGUUGGUAAGAACAGAAGCUGACGCUAAAUUAUAUUUAAUUCAAUCUUGUCCUCAGAAGUGUUAGUAUUGUAAUUUAGAGCAGAUAACUUGUUCUAGAUUGUGUCCCAACAAGUUUGAGAGUUUUGAUUACAUUUUUUUUUUUUUUGCAUCUGAAAUUAAACAUUAUUUAAAGGAAAUUUGGUAAACGAUUUGCUAGAGCAUAUCAGACUCCACUAUAGCAGGAACAAGCUCAAUGAGGCUAUAGUAAAAUAAGAAGUGUGAAUACUGAAUUGUGCUCAAAUCAUUUAACUUUCCACAUCGAGAAUCUUCUCCUGUAAACACAUGAGGUUAUUUACACAAUUCCAAACUGGUCAGUAAUAUACUCAUGAUAAAAAGGAGGAAGACUUGUGAUUUAUUCACCAUGAAUAAAUCUCGGACAUGAAAGCAUUCCACCAUCUGUGGAUUCUCAUAUGACCAAAACGGAAUGUACUGGUGACUUUUCCAAGUUAAAUUGUGCUUAAAUCUCUUUUUCAAGCUGAGGUCCUACUAAAUUGAAUCCAUCAUGAGGGUUACAAGGAAGCUUUGCUCCUCAAAUUGAGGACGCAAUGAUUGUUCCAUCUCCUGAGGAAUGUAGAUUAUCCUGAGUAACAAGGCUAAUGGUUAAAACUUUGUGGACAAUUGUCCUUGUGUCUCCUGUAAUCUCACCAAAUAGUCCAUUAUCUGCCAGCCUACACUGCAUUGCCAUCUAGUGGGGAGAGUUUGCAAGUAUGCUUUCCAGGGAAGUUCUUUUUAAGGGGUUUAGUUUCAUUAAAAAUCAAGGUCAACUUAGAAUACAAGUUAUAUACAAAUCAGAAUUUAAAGCAUUUCUUGUGUUGUUUUAGAACAUGCUCAAUAGGCGGUCCUUCAGUGAUGUUCUUCCAGAAUCACCAAAAUCAGCCAGGAAAAAAGAAGAGGCUCGUCAGGCAGAAUUUGUCCGUAUUGGCCAGGUUAGUAUCACGUCCACAACAGAAAUUGUAGUGAGAUCUGGAGACCGGUGGUUUCUUUUUCUCAGGAAUAUGGUCCAGAUACAAGAGCUGAGUAACUGAAACGAUUAUGAUUUUUUUUCCCAAAAUAUAAAAAUAUCACAAAAUAUAGCAUAUAUAUAUAUAUAAAAAAACAACACAAUAAUUAAAUAUUUUUCAAAAUGUUAAAAUGUAACCCAAAAAUAUCUAAUCAUUUGGAAACCUUAUCCAAAAAUAUUAAAUCGAGGUCUUAGAGUCACCAGGGUCAAACAGGGAAGAUAGUGAAAAACCAGGAAGAGGCCAGGUGUAUUAGAUUCUUAGUAGAAGGAAUAAGUGAUGCAUUCUGUAUACUAUUGUAAAUCUCUUAAAAUCAAUUUGUUGCACUUUUUUGGAAAUUAGAACACAGCGUAAACAGGUUUACUCACUAAAGAGGAAAUUCUGGAGAAUUUAAUUACUGUUUGCAAAUUUUAGACUUCAUUAUCCAAGACGGAAAUGGCUUGAGUUGGGAGUUUCUUCCGGUUUGAUCUAUUUUUGUCUAAUAUUUGUGAAUUGUUUGCAAAUUCUCUAUCAUUGCCAGAUUAAAGAAUAAAUUAUACUGCUUUUUGUGUUGCACCAAUUCAGGCUACCAGUAUCCUUUGUUUUUUAGGCUCUGAAGUUAAAAACCAUUGUGAGAGGUGAUGCCCCAACAAGUCUGGCCACAACAGGAUUAUGUAGGAAAGAGGUAUGUGGAACAUAGCAAGGCCUUCUUUACUCUUAAUUUUUGUGUAUUGGUAUAACACGAAUAGAGUGUAUGAUUUUGGUUAAGUUUACUACUGACAAAUAAAAGCAAGUUUAAGCACAUAGUAUGGUUUUUUUUUUUUGUUCUGUCAUCAUCUUUCUAAUUGCAUUUAUCAUAUUCUGCAAGUUAUGCCUGUAUUAUUACUGAUUGUAUUACUAAUUAACUUAAUUAAGUGGCUUGCUGUCAAUUAGCAACAUACAGGAUAAUAUAAAUAUACAAACAAAUUAAUGGUAAACAGAAUGAUCUUUAUUUAAAGGGAAACUCUAAUGUCAAACUGUUUAGGAGUGGUGUGACAAAAACCCAGGGCUUCUCCUGGCUCACAUAUCCCACCCCACUUGCACUAAAAAUAGGAAACUAUACCUCCCUGUUAUCAAGUGCAAGUUGAUCCAGCCUGCACAGUAGUGAUAAUCUGAGAGCACCAGGCUAGCCCACCCCAACGCUCUCAGCCUUCAAUUACUGCCAGGAGUCGCACUUGGUAGUUUGAAAGUGCAUUGGUGCAUUAAAUAAAUCUCUGAUGUAUUCAGUAUAAUGUUUUGAAAUAUAGACUCCCCUUACCUCUGGUCCACCGCUGCCACGUCCUCAGCUUUGUGGGUGUUAUUCCUCUUGUAACACCCACCACCAGUCACCGUCUCUCCUCCUGCAGUUUUCUUUCAGUUGCCCUGCUUGGGGAACCGUGCCUCCUCUGUGACGCCGACACGCUUCCUUUGGCGCCAGCAUCUGAAUGCAGUGACUUCAGUCACACCAUUCCUACCAUCCCUAGCCAGCUCAAGCGGAAAGGACUGUGGGAGGUCUCUUCUACUCUCCCUGUCAAUCAAUCUUUUGGCAUGGAGCCUAUGCCGUACUAUUGAAAGACAGGUGUAAAAAAAGAGAGCUAUUUUUAAAGGUUUUUCUCCUAAUCUAUACAUUUUGUAGCAAACCUGCUAGCACAUAUAUAUUUGGAAUUUUAUACUCUUUGAGAGGAGCAUAAGUUCUAGGUACAAUGACAUGUACCCUUUUAAAAAAUAUUUAAUUAUUUAAUAUUUUUAUAGUAUGUGCAAGAUUGAAAUUUUUUUUUAACAAUAUACCAUAUACAUUAGAACCCCAUAACAUUUUAUACAAUGUAAUUAGAGGUACAAGGUUAAAAGGUAAAGUAGUAACAUCAGUCUGGUUAUGCUGAUACGGUAAAUUGUAAUAGAUAAACACUUAACAAAUGUUAAAUUAUCAAGAAACGAAAGAGGAGUCUAACAUGAAGUGGGAAGGGUUGGAGGAAGUAAUGUUUAAUGAUUAAAAAAACAGAUUAACUUUCUACAAACAUAAGAUGUAAUCGUGUGCUGAAUAUUGCGGAAACCGUUUUGUAGCACAGGUUCCUAGAUGACAGAGUCUGUGACCUUUUAAGUAGCAUCUCCGUCUAACUUCUUUCCCGUUGAUGAAAGUAUAUUAAAGCAAUUAAAGCAAUUUAAUACUGCCCCUUUUUGAUUCUUAUCCUCAUUCCUGCUAUUCCCAUGAAAGGAUUCUUCUGGCACAGAUCUCCUUAGAAGCACACCUGUGCUGCCCUGCUUAUCACUUAUCAUUGUUUUAACUGUAGCGAUAUAAAAACGAGAUCUGUUCACCAGAUUUAGACUGCUUGUGUUCAUUUUUCAGCCAUGGGAAUCCCAGUGCUUCUGUAAUAGCUUCCCCCAUGAAGCCAUUGGUGGCGAUUCGUGGGGCCAGUCUUUGCUCAUUUCCACAGACGCUGGGGUUUUGCUAAUAGACG